GAAAAUAAAAUUUGGACAUAAGCAUAACAGGAUCUUUAGAAGAGGAAUGAUCAAUACUUCCCUCAGGAGAAAUCACAGGAAGUCUAUCGAAGAACAGAACUUUCAUAGAAGUUGACAAGAUGGAGAAGCACUUAAAAAGACAAAAAGAGUUAAAUUCAUCCAUACCAAGAAGUUAAAAAAGAUCGAAGGAAUCACUCAUUUUACCUCUCAUGAUUCUUCAUGUGGAAAGACACCCAGCUCUGUAUCAUUCCAUAACAGAACAGGUAGGAGCACAAUGAGAAGAUCAAUAAAUUACGAUCCUUCUACUGGGAGAAAAAUUAGCUCGAUAGCUAAUAGCACAAAUAGAAGUUAUUCGAAACCUCACGAAGAUGGAAUAACUAGAGCUGGCAGCAUUGUAUCUUCUCAUCGACACUUUUCUUCUACAAGAAAAUCUGAAAAUACAACUCGAAAUGAGAUAAUUCACCCUAAGAAAUUCUCUCAAGUAAUAAAUAACUUUUUCAAAUAAAGUAGAGUUGAAUGACUUUCUCCAUUUUAAAUAUAAGAAAGAAAAAAGCAAGAGAGAUAAGCUUAAGGAACUCUUGAGCAAACAUUACACUUCUAAUCAAAUAAUCGGUCUGCUCAGUAUCUGCCAUGAAAGAACAAUUAAGAGAGGUACAAUUAUUAAGGAAAGGGGCCAAGAAUUCACCUUUGCUGACACCUCUUCUAAAUUUUGGCAAGAAAGUACCAGCUCUAUAGCAGAUUCCGAUCAGAAUCUGCCCUUAAAAGAGGAACCAGCAGAGGUAUUUGUUAUAAAAUCAGGCCUAAUGGGACUCUAUGUUUAUUCAUAUGGGGAUAAAUAAGCUCAUGACCACCUAUUCGACACAAGAAGUUGUUGGAGAAUGGAACUACAAUUUUCUUUACUCUAAAGCAGCACAGUACGAAGCAAUCACUGAUAUUGACAUUCUCUACUUCAACAAGAUAGAUUAUGAAAAAGUAAUGUGAGAGAGUAAGACUAAGAAAUACCAAAGCAAUUUUGAAUUCUUUUAAUAAAUUCAGACAAUUCAGGAAACUAGAUGAACACAAAAUGAAGAAAUUAUGAUCAAGUGCCAAAGAAAAGAAAAUGAAUCAAAACAUUAAAGGACAUAAUAAAGAAGAAUUUGUCACUCUAAGCGGCUGUAAAGCAGACUGCCUCUAUAUUGUCAUAAAGGGGUCUUUCCGAGCAGAAAGAUAUGUUAAUAUUGAGCAUGAGAAUUUAUGGCCGGUUGAGUCCAGAGUUUGGAAAUCUACCAAAAUCAGACGAAGAGUCCUAUUCACUUCAAAUAUUCUGAAGCCAAAUACUAUCUUUGGCGAACGAGAGUUGGCUAAUGGAUCAGAACACACUCUUAGCAUAGUUGCUAACUCUCAAGACUCUAUUUUACUAUUUAUCGAAAAAGAUAAGCUUGAAUUACUUAUGGAUAUCAAAGACCUAGUAACUGAAAAAUCAAUAAAAUUUCCAACAGAGAAGGAAAUCUCACAGAAGAUACAAGUAAUCGAGAAGUCAUUGCACAUGAAGAAGAUAUCCUUCCUGAACUCAACAAAUACAAAUUUCCUUCCUUCUUCUUUCAGGGACUUUUACAUGGAUAAUGAGACUCUCAAGUUAUACCCAUGGGUUAGAAAUAUUGAUCGUAAGUAUAAGCAGAAACUAGCCCAAAAGAUAAGCCAAAAACCUGAGGGACAAAUAAAAGCAAUGAAAUUCCCUGUAGUCGGAAUCGAUGAGAAAUAUCUGAACCUCGAGAAGUACAUCCAGGCACAAAAAAUCAAAGAAAAAGCAAUGGACCAGAUCUCAGAAGAUAUCAUCAUUGAACUCUGAACUAAUUAA